AUGGAUUCUGAGGUUAAAAGCAACCGAAAUUCUGAUGUUAAGUGCCAUAAAGGAUUCCAGUAUGUCUUUGACAAAUUGAUAAACAAUGAUACAACUAAAUCCUACAGAUGUCGUAGAAGAGACAUAAAUUGCAAAGGCCGUAUACAUAUCACACCUGGUGAAAUACGUGUCGAGAAUGGCCACGGUGGACAUGAUGAAUCACCUACGAGUGUUGUUCGCGCCAUGCGAAGUAUUUUCUUUGUUGGCACCAUAAUUAUUCUUGUGUUUUCUUAA